UCAAAAUCCAAUUCUCUGUAAAAGCCAUAUUUACACUUGGUUUUUUCAAGAACCUCAUUCUCCAGCUUUCCUCUCCAGCUUUCCCAGGUCUUUAUCUUCUGUUUCUAUUCCAUCAGUUGCACUUUGGUUUGACCACCCUCUCAGCCAAUCUAAAAGGUAGUGUUUUACUUUCUUUAAUAAUUUAGCAUCUUUUCCUCAACCACACACACUUUUUCCCUCUUUUUUGGUUUUACAAAGGCAAAUUUCCCUGCUUCUAAUUGUUCUUUUGGAUCUUCAGUUUCCUUUUCACCCCAAAUCUAUCGUUAUACACUUUUCACUUCCUUUUUUUCAGUCUCUUACUCUGCUCUAGUCUGAUUUCCCUUCUAUAUACUAUACUACACACUAUUUCCUACAUACAUGGGGCUUUCUAUCAAUUUUAAACAAUGACUGGAAUUAAUCGACCUAAAAGAAAAGCUGCAUCCAAAGUUAUCAACUACAAAGAAAAUAACGACAGUGAUGAUGACUCCUUUUCCUCUCUUUCUAGUUCUACUCAUAAUUCUCUCUCACUAUUGUCUCAGCCUACUCAAUCCGAUGUUACAACCCCCCAUUUAGAUCGCCCAAAAAACACUCGAUAUAAUCAAAAUACUUCCUUUCUUUCAGAUUCAAAACAAAACCAGAACCAGAACCAGAACCAGAAUCAGAAUCAGAAUCAAAAUUAUGAUCACGAUCAACAAAAUCUAGAACACGAUCUUGACCACGAUCUAGACCAAGACCAAGACCAAGACCAUAACCACAACCACAACCACAACCACAACCACAUCCACGAUCACAUUUAUAACCAAGAUCAAAAUUCAAACUUAUAUUCAAACUCGACUUUAAUCCAAAAACAAUAUUUAAACAAUAAAAAAAUCUUAAAUUCAAACACUAUAUCCCACUUUCCCCCAAUAUCUCAAACUUCAACAAUAACAACAAUUGAUGAAAAUUCAAUCUCCUCCUCAAGAUCAAACAACACUAGAAAAAGACUUCAUCGUACAAAGAAUAACGACAACAACAACAACAACAACAACAACAACAACAACAAUAAUAAUAAUAAUAAUAAUAAUAAUAAUAAUAAUAAUAUCAAUAAUAAUAUUAUUAUUGAUAUCAAUUCAACCACAAAUACUACCCCUACCCCUACCCCUACUCCCAACAACAACAACAACAACGAUAUCAAUCCAAUUUCUUAUAACGAUUCUCAAAUCAUCGCUCAUCUUCAAAACAAUAACCAACUAUCUUACAUCCCAAAUAAUUGGCAGCUUCUAUUCAAUCCUAAAAACUCCUUUCCCUACCCUAACCUACUAACCGACGUCAAAAAUGCAAGAUUCAUAAACAAUGGUAACUCAAUAAGAUUUAAAUCAGGCAUGAUUCUAACCAAAAACGACUUCAUCUACAUGGUUGCUUCCCCUGCUAGUGAACCAUACUAUAUCGGAAGAAUCAUGGAUUUUGUUAAAAAAGUAGACAACUCAACCUCAAACGACUCUUCAAAUGAUCCUUCAGCUUCUUCUGAUACUUCAAACAAAGAAGUUACCUCAAAUCUAGACAAAUCAUCAAUUACCGAAAAACAUUCCACUUCCACUUCCAAUUCUUCAAACUCAAACUCAUACUCAAACUCAAACAUAAACUCAAACUCAAGAAAAAAAUCUCAUUCAAAAAAAAAUACAAGAAAAAAAAAUAAUAAAUCCUCCUAUGGAUCAGCAAAACCCUCUAGAUACUCUGCAAACAUCAUUGAAGACUACCUAAUGAAAAUAAACUGGUAUUAUAGACCAAGAGAUAUAUCAAAACACUCAAAUGAUUCCAGGCUACUAUUUGCAACAAUGCAUUCGGAUCUAUGUCCCAUCACUUCCUAUAGAGGAAAAGUAAACGUUCUUCAUCGUGACGAGAUCGAGGAUAUAGACAAAUAUCGCUCCAUAGCAAAUAACUUUUGGUUUGAAAAAUUGUUUGACAGGUACAUGAUCAAAUUUUAUGAAGUACUAACCACUGAAAGCUUAUCCAAUUUAACCCCAAACUACCAAAAGGCUCUAAACAAACGUUUUAGAUACAUCUUCAUUGAAAAUGGCAAAAGCAAAGAACUCCUAACAACUCCAAAUAAUUGCAAAAAGUGCACCCAAUGGUGUUCCCCCGAAGAAAGUAUAGAUUGUGUAACAUGUAACGACUGUUACCAUAUGAUGUGCCUAACUCCUCCAAUAUACAAAAAACCAAGAAGAGGCUUUGGUUGGAAUUGUGCAAUGUGCGCUAAAAAUCAAGAAAUCAAAAUCAAAGAAAGAAAUAAUGAUUUCGGUGAUAACUUGCUGAAUAUUAAAAAACAUGCAAAUAACAAUAUAAAUAACUAUUCGGAAAUUUAUGACAAAGAAAUCUCAAUUAAAAAUGACUUGAAAAACUCAAAUUCUCGUUUAACAAGAUCAUCUAAACCUUUGAAUCAAAUAGAAGAGAGUAACGAGGAGGAAAAUCUCUCUCUGCAAGAAUCUGAUGAAAAAAUACCUAAAUACGAAGAAUUAGCCAUCGAAUUUCUCAAAAAGGAUUCCACUUUAACCUUACAACAAAGAAGAGCAAAAGAAGAAUGGCCUUUUAGAUAUUUAGGCAUGCAUGCAAAAUUGGAAGACGCAUUGGAUUUUGAAGAUAGACCUUAUCCUAGAGUGGCUUCAAGAUUGGGAAGACGCCACCAAGUUUCAAACACUUUUAUGCCUGAAUGGUAUAAUUGUCCUGUAUCCUACUAUGACAAAGACAACAACGAAAAUCCUUUAGACUCCACUUCUUCAGCCAUUGGAAAUCAUUAUGUUCACCAUGAAACUAAAAGAAAAUAUAAAAUCAAAAAUAGAAAAAAUUUGAUAACGCGAGAUUCUUCAACCCCGGAAUCUUCUUCUGAAAAAUCCUCUAACGAUUCUUUAAAAAAUAAUAUAAUACCCUUCAAAAAACUUACUUUACCUAAAAAGUAUAAAGAUGCAAAUAUUAAAGAUUUGCCCCCUUGGAUUCAACCUCGUCCAAAAGGGUACAUUGAAAGAGGUCUUGAUAACGGAUCAAGCUCAACUCUAAUGUGGAAACAACCAUCAAAAGAACUAGUUGAUUGGGAAAAGAUUGAUGAAUUCAUAUACACUACUUGCAGGCCUGUUGCCGAGGCUUUAAAUGUAUGCCCCACUACUCCAAAUUUUGUGGACGAUAUUUUAAAAACAUUGCAAGAUCAAAAUUUUGAUUUUGAUAAAAGUUUUGACAUAAUAAAAAAAUUUACAAGAGUAUCUUUAAAAGAACCCACAUUUAGUAAAGAAGAGGUUACAAAAUUCGAAAAUGCUGUUUCUAAGUAUGGAAGUGAGUUAUAUUUAGUUCAUAAAGAGGUUAAAACUCAAAGUUUUGCAAUGAUAACAAGAUUUUACUAUUUAUGGAAAAAGACUCCUAAUGGACAUUUAAUCUGGGAUAAUUUUCCUGGCAGGAAACAAAAAAAAAUCACAGAUGGUGUUACCUCAGAUCAAUCCAAAGCAAACUCUAAGGGUGGCAUCUAUUCAGUGAUCGAUUCUGCUGCUGACUCUAAUGACGAUUCUGCUUAUGAUAUGGUUAAAAUUACAAAACAGAAAAGAAAUUAUAUUUGUAAGCACUGUGGCACUAAUAAGUCCUUUCCUUGGUUUAGAGCUCCUGGAUUUGAAAAUUCUGCAUCAUACCAGCCUGAAGUUAUUACAGCAUUGUGUGUUAGAUGUUCUAAAUUAUGGAGAAGAUACGCAGUACUUUGGGAAGAACCCAAAGAAGUAAUGAGAAAACUUAAUCUUCGUGGAGGAAAUGGGUGGAAGAAAUUGAUUGAAAGAGAACUUGUUGACGACGCUGAAACGAUAAUUAGCGAGCAAGAAAAAUGUUCAAUAAAUAAUCAAAAAUUAGUUGAGUCCUUUAAGCUAAACAUGGCUAAUCCCUCAACUUCAAAAAGAAAAUCAUCUUCUAACAGAAGUGAAAGUUUUUCAAAACGAACAAAAAGUUCAUCUUCGGGAUCUGGCUCUAUGAUUUCAAAUGAAUUAAACACUCAAUACCACAUCUCUGAUAAUCAAAGUAAACAGAAAAAGCCUGUGAAUAAACCACUUAGUUCUGAAGUUAAAGUAUCUCGAUCCAAAAUUGAUAAUCCGAUUCCUGCACAACCGUUAGUUGUUGAACCAGCUGCUCUUAGAUCUACUUUUUCAGUUAAUGAGUACACUCGACAAUCUUCAAAAAAGAACAUGGCACCUCAAAAAACUAUGAUGACCUAUGGCUAUUCGGUUAAUAAUCUAACUUCUCACAACCAAUCCUCAAAUCCAAAUGGCCCUUUUCUAUUUUAUGAAAAUCCAAUUGGUUUAUCACCCAACGUUCAAGCUUCAAAUCAGAUUUCUCAAGCCAAACCAUUCCAGCAUAAUAUAUCUCAAUUAGAUAAUGACUUUUCUGCAUCCUAUAAUUAUAACCAAAGACAAUCAAAUGUUUUUGAUUUUUAUGGCCCAAAAUAUGAUCCAAAUUAUCCCUAUCAUUAUACAAAUUAUGAUUCCAAUACUAAACAGUUUAGAGAUAAUAAGUAUAGAUAUCAAAUGUUUGGAGGAAGUUUUUUAGCACCAAUUCUAUCACCUCUAAGUAACUCUCAAACAACACAUACAAAUCCUAUGGGAAGUGAAAUUACAAAUCGUCGGACACUAAAUAAUUCAAACUCAAUGUUUAUGCCUUCUAAUCAUGUUGAUUUCUCUCCUUUAUUCCACCCUAAUUCAAGACCCUGCUCUGUUUGCAGAGUAAAUGACCCAACAUACGUAUCUGAAGUAAUAAUAUGCUUAAAUUGCGGUUUAAAUGUUCAUGCAACAUGUUACGGUAUAAAACCUGUUCCUGACAUUAAUAUGUUUGAACGAAGAUGGUAUUGCGAUUCAUGUUCAAAUGAUUUGCAUCCAAUAAUUACCACGUAUUAUAAUUGUUGUCUUUGUAAUUUAAGAGAUGUGGACCAUGAUUCUGCAAUCACUGGAUCCAAAACUGCAUUUCCAAAUGCUUUAAAGAGGACUGAUACAAAUAAGUGGUGUCAUGUUGUAUGUUCGUUGUUUGCUCCAAAAGUAAAAUAUGAGGAUGUUCAUUCAUUACAAAGUGUCCUUAACACCUCAAUUACAAUGGUCAACAAUGAAUCUAGAUUGUGCUAUAUCUGUCAUAUUAAAGGCGGGUCUUGUUAUAAGUGCUCGUUUUGCAAUGAUACUUUUCAUGUAACAUGUGCACAGGAUACUAAUAACUUUUUUAUUGGAUUUGAAAUUGUACCAUUAGAUGUGUACACUCGGAUGAAAAAUGAAGGCAACUCUUCAUAUGAAGACAGUGAUGGAGACAUUUGUACAGACCAUGGUCAUAAAAAAGAAUUCACUGUUGUUGAAAUAUUAGAUAAGGGUAUCGUGGGUGUUCCAGUCCCCUCAAUUAUUUGCAAUAAUCAUCCAAAGGAUCAAAUACCCAACAGGUUUGUUUCUUUAAGAACUUUAGCCAAAAGAGUUAAUUCAAAAAGUAAUGGAACUUACUCUUCAAUGCCCUGUCCUUUAAUUUUGAUAUUUUUUGAAGAUUUUAAAAAAAUAACAGACAAAAAUCUUAGAGGGCCUGCUAGAAGAUACAAAGAGUUUCAAUUAAUCCAAAAAAUUGUGUAUGACAGUAUAGGGCCUUCGCAUAGCAUUCGCUCAAAUGAAAUGCUAACGCCCUCGAAAAAAAUCAACAAAACUAUUUUACCUCCAAAAAAUAACAACUUUUCUUGUUCUAUAUGCAAAAGCACUUCUUCUCCAAAGUGGUGGGUUGAAGAUGAUAAAAACGUUUGUCACAAAUGUUAUCUUCAAGUUCAAUUUAAUGGUGACGAAAAAUCAAGCUUAAAAUUUUUUCCAAACUAUCAAAUUCCAAGGCUUGCCGAGUCUGAUAAUAUUAUAAUGAAAGAGAAUAUUUAUGGAAUCAAUUCUAUUGAUGAUGUUCUUAGUAAUGAUUUUAUUCAGAAAAUUCAGAACACAGAUCCUUUUCCAUCUCAGAAGUCAUUAAACUCUCAUUUUACCCAAUCAGGCCAUCCAUCAAUUUUAAACCCUGAAGUUCCACCAAUUUAUAAUUCAUAUGGUGAAUAUUCAGAAAUUGUUGAAAAUGAUUCUGAAGCAAAAUCGGGGGGUUUUAACAUUAAUAGUUCUGAUCUCACUCAUACUACUACGACACCCAGAGUUUCCCAUAAAAUGUCAAUCAAUGAUAUGUUAUCUUAGAUAUCGUGUAUUAUAUUUAAAAAUUAUGUUAUUUUCUUCCACUUUUGGUUGUUUUUCUUCCUCUCUCUACUCUACAAUUCACUCUCUAGCAUAGUGCCUAUAUAUCAAUGAUAAUUCUUAUUAAUUACUUAUUUUUGUAUAAUGUUACUUAUGUAAAUAAUGUAUCUUCAUCUCUUAGAUAUUCACCAAUGUCUGCCUGUCUGAAGGCAACAAUUCCAUUGGGCUGAAGGUUUCUUGUGUCUAUUGUUGAUUUGGCACUGACACCAAAUCCCAAAGGUAUAUCAUUCAUGUUGAAAAUCACCACACCAGCAUGUUCG